AUGUUGGUUGGAUUGUACCGUCCAAGGAGACGGCUUCGGCGGAGGAGAGGCAGCAGUGUCCGGUUAGGGAACAAGCGGCGAGGGUUUUGUCUUGCCUCGCGGCCGGUGGUUCAAUGGGGUGUCAUGGCUCCACUUCGGAUGUUAAAGAAGAUUAUCAUGGAAAUUACACCAAAAGAGAACUGGAUAGAGGCUUAUUGUUGGUCUCUUCCUUUGCUUCGUCCCCAACUAUUUCCCCUUUGUUGAUCACAAUUGUAAUUUAGUUUAUUCCCUCUUCUUUUUCCCUACUAUUACUGUUUUGUUGGAGGGUAAAAGUAUUCUUGAAGAGUUUGAUGUGAAAGCUAUAUACAAAAUU